AUGCACGAGUGUCAUUCUUCGUCAGCAUACCGUAGCCAAUCACAGCCGAGACCAGAUAUAGUAUACCGCAUACGAACAAACAACUUUAUAUGGGCUAAAACUUGUACAUCGGAUCAAGCACUCCGGGUCAAUCGUUUCCAACAAGAGGCUGUUCCGAUGACGAAGAUUCUUCAACUAUAUAGGUACGAUCGAAGUGAUUUCGCAGGUACUUUGGUGAAGUCGCUCCCAUCCACAGCGACAGCCAACUCUGUACCUAACCGUUAA